GCCGUGCCGGGGCCGCGGGUGUGCGCGGUCCGAUCGGGGGGAAACGUCCUCGGGGUGUUACGGUGGGGAUUCCUUUGCGGCCGGAGGGCAGCCCCCGCUCCGCUCCUUUGUUGUUCGUAGGCAGAGGCGUCGCUCCGAGCGUCGGGCGUUGUGCUGGGAGGGCAGGAGGAGGAGAGUGUCCGUGCGCUGCCCUACCCGCUGCCCACCCACCCCGUGGCGGUCGCUGUGGCCCAACCUGGGACCCCCCCCAGGGCGGGGGGUUGGCGAGAGGCUGAGGGCGGCGAGCUGAGCCCCGCGGCUGCGGCAAUGGGCAGGUGGAUGCGGUUCCCUUCUGACCGUGGGGUGCGGACCGGGGGGGGGCGCCGCCGGGGAUGGGGCAGCAAAGCCCGACGAAGCUGGCGUGAGUCGAGCGCUACAGAUGGAAGGGAGACCAAUGGGAAGUUGGUAACGCAGGAGUAACGCAGGGAAACAAAUUCGGGGGCUCAAAUAGAAUUUUUGUAGCCUUCAGCUCAGUGACUCACGGUCAGCAGCGGCGUUGCCUCACGGGAGGGCUGAGGGUCUGGGUGUGGCGGUGCAGAGCGGGGUACGGGCAGCACCGCUGCAGUUGGCACUGCCAGCACGCUGUGCCCGCCGUGACACGGAUGGCUCCAGUUCCACCAAGGGACCUGCUGCGGGUGGCACCGUGCUGGAGAUGCAGCUGCUCACAGCUCUCUCGUUAGCGAUCUGCAAAGCAGCGCGUGGCCGUGCCACAUCCCUCCAUCUCCCCGAGGUGCAGGGAGUGGUGUGGGCGCAGUGCGGGUCUCACGCAGGGCUGUGCUGAGCUGCCUGGUGAGUGUGGCACAGAAGGGCGGCGUGGAGCUCGAGCAGGGGACUGUACCUCUCUCACAGUCAUAGAAUGGCGUGGGUUGCUAGAGAACUUAAAGGUCAUCUGCAAUCUCUGCCUUCUGUCCAGCUUUACCUGAGACCAAUUUUUCAGUGCUGCCAACUGAGUGCCAAUAUUUGCUCCCCUCACAAAUAGGGAUGUGAGUGUGAGAUUGCUCCAUGUGGGGAUGGUGGAAUAGCUCGGUUUGAGACCGCAGAGAGCCCGUCCUGGCGCUGCAUCCUGCUUGUCCCUGCACCCCGCUGCCCUGCUCGGUGGGAGGAGGUGGGCUCUCGCUGUGCCCCAGCUGCACGGUGACCCCAGGAUGGAGCAUCCCAGGGUCAGCCCCCAUGCACAGCAGUGGGAUCGCUCACACCCUGCUCUGUUCCUGCAGCACGACCCCAUGGUGCAAAGGAAGGGCCUGUGCUUGUAUAGGACGUGAGCCGAUGGCGCUGGCGGCUGCUGCUGCCCUCCUUGGAGAACACAGACCUCCCGGCCGGGUGCACAGCCAGCCCCUGCCAGCAGCAACACUUGUGCUCGCAGAUGGGAUUUGGAGCACUUGCUUUAUGGCGAGCAAUAAACGUGGGCCAUUUCAGCAACACCCUUUCAUGCAAAAACCUGAGAGCGCGCAGCAAGCCCUGCUCUGAUUCAGCCCAGUCGCUUGGUGGCGAGGCAGAGACAGGGCUGGGACAGCAGUGCUGGGGAGGGGGCACCUGUGGCCUCACCGUUUGCUUAAGGAAAACCUGGAGGGAGUGGGCUGCUCUCCCUGCCCUGGGGUUCGGCUUGGGCAUGCCAACCCGCAGCUCGCUGCCUGCGCAAACCGCUGCAGGGAUGGGUGGAUGAGCUCAGUUUGAUGUUUGGCUGGGGGGGGCACGCCCCCAGCAGCACAAUGAAGUCGACCAGGAGGGACCCACCCACCCUCCGUGCUGCCCCUCGGCUCCACGGGAGAUCCCCAUCCCGGGGGGGGGUCUCAGCCCUGCAGCAUUUUCCAGGGCCAGCGUGGGAAGGGCAGGUGCUCUGGGAGGGAACAGGCUGUUCUCAGGGCAGUUCCUGGGGAGGGAAAGGGAGAGUGGGAUCCCACGGGAACAGUGGUGGGGCCGGGGCUGGGCUGCCACUUCUCCAGCACUGUGCAAGGCACCUGCAGUGCUUGGGGUGCCGCUGUGCCAAAGAAGUGGGGGCCCUUAAUGGGUGCUCAGCCCUCAGCGGCUUUGGGGAGCAGCAUGAGCCCCGCAGGGUGCACCUGCAGAGUGAGCAUCACCUGCAUCUUUGCAUUCAGGCUGCUGGAUUAAACAGCCUCAAGCAACAGGGGGAAGGGUUGGGGCCUGUAGUUUUGGGAGGCUGCAUGUUUAUGCCAUGCUCAUCCCACCCAAGGCUGCACCGAGCCCAGAGGGUCCUGCAGGUGUGGGGAGAAGCACAGAGCCCCGUGCCAGCCGGAUCCCGCUGCCCGGGGAGAGGUUGCAGUGGUUUCCUUGUGAGAAACAACCCAACACCGCAGAGCUCUUCCGCUGGGCAGGAUGGGCAGAAUCACGGCGCGGUGGUUCCCUGUGGGUGGCUGCGGUGGGGGGAUGAGGAGCGCGGUGUCACCCGGGGCUGAGGCACAUGGUGACAUCUCCACUCCUCCACAUCCCCACCUAGGAAAGGGGACACUGCCCCAGGAGGGUCCUGUAGAGGAGCCCAGGACCGUGCCCUGCACCAGAGCUGAGCUUAUCCCGAGACUUUCAUCAGCAAAAGAAAUGCUGCUGCAGCUGCACUGGCAUCUAGUGACUGGUUAAAUUAAUUCCAGGGUUUUAUUGCCUCUGGCUAUCCCAGACCUUUGUUUCUUGUUUCAUGUUGUUACAAGGGAGGGUUCACCGGGCCCCAGGGGGACUUUUUCUCUCUGGUUGGAAUAGUUGUGAUGUUUUCAGCACAAAGUGUUAUUGCCCAUCUGCGGUGCUCAUUGUUAGCACGGAGAUGGCCCGCGCUCAAGUGGGCGAGGAGGCUCCCGGUGAAAGUCCCCCUGGUUUUACAGGCAGAAGUCUGUCCUGGAGUCGUUUCCAUGCUGAGGGAUCAGAAACAGGUCUCAGGCAGUGACUCGUGUUUCACCUUACAGCUUCUCCCACGUGCUAAUUGUUUUUCUUGCUGCGGUUCUGCCCCCGCCUCCCAGCGUGAGCAUCGUUCGGGCCAAGCGUGGAGGUGCCGUGGGACGGACGUCAUGUGCUAAUGGGGAGGAUCAGCGCAGGGGGUCCUGGAAAGGCUCCAGGCGAUGGGGCAGGGCUGUGGGGAAUGCUGUGAGACGUCUGAGUACAUUCUCCUGCAUCUGGGCACAGAGCGACCAUACGAAGCCUUCUGCUCAGGGAAAGGCAGAAAGAAACCAGGGGUAUCCCCAAACAGGGCAUAAAAAGGGCUGCAGACCUUCCUGGUCUCCAUCCUCCAUCAGCGAUGGACAGAGCUGUGUAGUGAGCAGAGAUGAAGGGGGAAGGUGGGACUUGACCUGCCUGUGCAUACAAGGAGGGACCCAGAGCAGCACAGUGAUGCUCUUGAGACCCUUUGGUGCAUCCAGAACCCCAAGAACAGCGGUUCUCUGCACACAGCAGAGUGAACAUGGUGCUGUGACAGUGACAGUGCCUGCGCAGGGUAGGGUUAAGCAAAACCGUGCGGUGCCGGUGCCAGGCUCGGUGUCCAGGUUCUCCCUGGCGGAGGUCAGCGGUGGUUCAUGGGAAAGGAAAAAUUGGCAGCUGGGCCGGAUGUCCCUGCAUUUCCCCUCUUCCUGCAGCCGCCUGAACGAUGUUCCUUAUUUAGCUUUCCUGACGGACAGGAGGAAUCUGAUGGCGGAAACUGUCACUGCCUGAUAACAGCACGGGGAGCUCUGCGCUGGGCGGCACGGCAGGGAGCGGGGCAGUUCUGGCCCUGUGCUGGGAUGGUUGUGGGCAGGGAGGGCACCCGUAGCCCUUCCCCAGGCGCUGCUUGGUGUGCAGAUCUGGUGAGCAGCUAUUCUAUGACCCCCCCUACUCUCAGCAUCACUGAGGAGGAACACAUCAUCAACGCCAAGGACACGCUGACCGUCACCUGCAGAGGCCAGCAUCCCUUGGAGUGGUCGUGGCCUGGGGGCAAGGUGGACCCCAGUGGGAAGGAGAAGGAGACUGAGUUCAUGGCCUCAGCAGCGCCCAGUGGGGGCCGGGCAAUCCGGGAAGAGGACUGCGAGGGGACCGGCACGAAGCCCUACUGCAAAGUGCUAGUGCUGACGGAGAGCCAGGCCAAUGACACGGGUUACUACCGCUGCUAUUACAAGUACAUCAAUGCCAAAAUCGAGGGCACCACAGCGGUCAGCGCCUAUGUCUUUGUAAGAGAUUUUGAACAGCCAUUUAUCAACAAGCCAGAGACGCUCCUCAUCAGCAAGAAGGAGAACACUUGGGUGCCGUGCCUUGUGUCCAUCCCAGACCUCAACGUCACACUCAUCUCGCAAAAUUCCCUCAUCCACCCUGACAGGAAAGCCAUUUUCUGGGACAACAAGAAGGGGAUGCAGGUACCCACUCAGUUGAUCAGAGACUCCUUGUUCGUCCAGUGUGAGACUGUCAUCGACAAGAAGGUCUUCAAAUCCAAUUUCUUCAUCAUCCACAUAGCAGGGAUUGAACUGUACGACAUCCAGCUAUACCCCAAGAAAGCCAUGGAGCUGCUAGUGGGAGAGAAGCUGGUCUUGAACUGCACAGUGUGGGCCGAGUUCAACUCUGGUGUCCGUUUCCAGUGGACUUACCCUGGCAAACAGACGCAGCGAGCGGUGAUAGAGUCCGAGCGCCGAUCCCUGCAGACACACACAGAGCUCUCCAGCAUCCUGACCCUGCACAACGUCAGCCAGCAGGACCUGGGCAGGUACAGGUGCACUGCCACCAAUGGCAACCAGAUGCUGGAAGAGAGCACCGAUGUCAUCGUGCAUGAAAAGCCCUUCAUCAACGUGGAGUGGCGGAAGGGGCCGGUGAUAGAAGCCACUGCAGGAGAUGAAGCUGUGAAGCUGCCGGUGAAAGUCGUGGCUUACCCCCCCCCAGAUUUCCAGUGGUACAAGGACGGGAAGCUAAUUCCCAAGCAAUCUCAAUCUUCAAUGCAGAUCAAGGAUGUGGCAGAGCAUCAUGCUGGGACAUACACGCUGGUUCUGAGGAACAAGCUGGUGGGGCUGGAGAAGCACAUCAGCCUCCAGUUAAUUGUUAAUGUUCCUCCACGCAUCCAUGAGAAGGAAACCUCUUCCCCAAGCAUGUACUCCCGAAGGAGCCCCCAGGCACUCACCUGCACAGUCUAUGGCAUCCCAGCACCAGAGGUGAUCCAGUGGCAGUGGAGGCCGUGGAUGCCCUGUCGGAUGUUCUCUCGACGCAGCCUCAAUAGCAGGAACCGAGCAGCAAGGCGCCAUCAGCGAGAUCGCAUGCCCGAGUGCAAGGACUGGAAAGAUGUGUCACAGCAGGACGCGGUGAACCCCAUCGAGAGCAUUGACACCUGGGUGGAGUUCGUGGAGGGACGGAACAAGACAGUCAGCAAGCUGGCCAUCCAGGAGGCCAACGUCUCAGCCAUGUACAAGUGUAUUGCCUCUAAUAAAGUGGGUCGAGACGAGCGGCUGAUCUACUUCUACGUGACGACCAUUCCAGAUGGAUUUGAGAUUGAAUCCCAGCCCUCAGAAGAGCCCAUAGAGGGGCAGGACCUACAGCUGAGCUGCAACGCAGACAACUACACCUACGAGAAUCUGCAGUGGUAUCGGCUGAACCUUUCCAAGCUCCACGAUGAGGAGGGCAACCCCCUGGUACUGGACUGCAAGAACGUCCACCACUACGCAACCAAGAUGCAGGGCGAGCUGCGCUUUCAGCCCGACUCCAAUGAUGCCACCUUGCUGCUCACCAUCCCCAACAUCUCCCUGGGCGAGGAGGGAGACUACGUGUGUGAGGUGCAGAACAGGAAGACCCGGGAGAAACACUGCCACAAGAAAUACAUCUCUGUGCAGGCCCUGGAGAUCCCCCGCCUCAAGCAGAACCUGACAGACAUUUGGGUGAACGUCAGCGAUUCCAUAGAGAUGCGCUGUAAGGUGGAUGGCAACCACGUUCCUGACAUCAGCUGGUACAAAGAUGAGAAACUGGUGGAAGAAGUGUCAGGAAUCGACCUGGCAGACUUCAACCAGAGGCUGAGCAUUCAGAGAGUGAGGGAGGAGGAUGCUGGGCUCUACCUGUGCAGCGUCUGCAAUGCUAAGGGCUGUGUGAACUCAUCGGCUAGCGUCUCUGUAGAAGGCUCUGAUGACAAGACCAACGUGGAGAUUGUCAUUCUGAUUGGGACUGGGGUCAUCGCUGUUUUCUUCUGGAUCCUCCUGAUCCUCAUCUUCUGUAACAUCAAAAGGCCUGCCCAUGCAGACAUCAAGACCGGCUACCUCUCCAUCAUCAUGGACCCUGGCGAGGUGCCCUUGGAGGAGCAGUGCGAGUACCUGCCCUAUGAUUCCAGCAAGUGGGAAUUCCCGCGGGACCGCCUGCGCCUGGGUAAAGUCCUGGGUCAUGGCGCCUUUGGGAAAGUGGUGGAAGCUUCUGCGUUUGGGAUCAAUAAAAGUAACAGCUGUGAGACCGUAGCAGUCAAAAUGCUGAAAGAGGGAGCUACUGCAAGUGAACACAAGGCACUGAUGUCAGAGCUGAAAAUCCUCAUUCACAUCGGGAACCACCUCAACGUGGUGAAUUUGCUGGGUGCCUGUACCAAACCCAAUGGUCCACUCAUGGUUAUCGUUGAGUUCUGCAAGUAUGGCAACCUCUCCAAUUACCUGCGGGCCAAGCGGGAAGGAUUCAGUCCUUACAGGGAGAAGUCGCCCAGGCUGCGUAUUCAGGUCCAGUCCAUUGUGGAGGCAGUGAGAGCAGACAGAAGGAGCCGGUCUGGGACUAGCGACAGUGCUAUCUUCAACCGCUUUCUGAUGCACAAGAGCCAGACAGCACAGCCGAUCCAGGAAGUGGAUGACUUGUGGCAAAGUCCCUUGACAAUGGAAGACCUGAUUUGCUACAGCUUCCAGGUAGCACGUGGCAUGGAGUUCCUGGCAUCCCGAAAGUGCAUCCACAGAGAUCUAGCAGCUCGCAACAUCCUGCUGUCGGAGAACAACGUGGUAAAGAUCUGUGACUUUGGCUUGGCCCGAGACAUCUACAAGGACCCUGACUACGUCAGGAAAGGCAGUGCCCGUCUCCCACUGAAGUGGAUGGCUCCAGAGAGCAUCUUUGACAAGGUCUACACUACCCAGAGCGAUGUCUGGUCCUUUGGGGUCCUCCUCUGGGAAAUAUUCUCACUGGGGGCAUCUCCGUACCCUGGAGUCCAGAUCAACGAGGAGUUCUGCCAGAGGCUCAAAGAUGGUACCAGGAUGAGAGCUCCAGAGUAUGCUACUGCAGAAAUUUACCGUAUAAUGCUGAGCUGCUGGCACGGUGAUCCCAAGGAGAGACCAACUUUCUCGGACCUGGUGGAGAUACUGGGGAACCUUCUUCAGGAAAAUGUCCAACAGGAAGGGAAGGAUUACAUCCCACUGAAUGACUCUCACAGCUCAGAAGAUGAUGGUUUCUCCCAGGUGCCUUCCUCUGCCCAGCAAAAUUCAGAUGAAGAGGACUUUGACAUGAGGAUACGUUGCCACAGCCUAGCAGCAAGAUAUUACAACUGCGUCUCGUUCCCUGGUUGUUUGACGGGAGGAAAUCAGAUCAGGUGUUCAUCCAGGAUAAAGACAUUCGAAGAGUUUCCCAUGACACAUACAAUGUACAAGGCACACCCGGACAAUCAGACAGACAGUGGGAUGGUUCUGGCAUCUGAGGAAUUUGAGAGGAUAGAAAACCGACACAGAAAAGAAGGUGGAUUCAGUAAAGGGCCCAGCCGAACCGCGGAGCUGUUGGCAGAACAGUCAGACCUGCGGGGCAGAUGUCGGCCGUCAUACGGAUCCCAGGUCGGAGGCCAGACUUUUUACAACAGUGAAUACGGGGAGCUGUCAGAACACUCUGAGGACGGCAGCUGCACCCCACCUGGAGAGGGGGCCAGUCCCCCCACUCUCCACACUUCCUUCUUCUCCGAGCAGUACUAAUGGCACCAGGCCCUGGAGGCACCCUGCCGACGCAUCCCCUCUCACUCUCCAGGCACAUCAUCAGGGUCACUCAGAGCUUCCCCUUCAACCUACGCCCAACCUCAGCAGUGAACCCACUCCUAACAGAUGGGGAACUCCAGUGUCCUCGGAACUGCAGCACGAUGGCCCACACAGCACCUCCAGCUGCAACUUCUCUGUGCCGGGACUGGAGAGAGUGCCUUGCUGAUUCCUCGGGUUUCUUUUAUUUCUGUGGCUCAAACAGAUUCAUUCUGCUGGCAAUUGUGUGCCUGUGUUGAGCACUACAGCACCUUCUGCCUAGCAUCCAGCCUCCGCUCAGAUCAGCUUCCCAUUCAGAAAGCCCAUUUCAGGUCAGAUAUAAAUAGAUCUGUCUUAGUCUCAAGUUUCUUCCUGGUGUGCAGCCUGAAUGUUUUUCCUUGGAUCGCUUCCUCCUCCUCCUCUCCUCAUGAUGUCAGCUGCUGAAUUGCAGAGCAGAAUCAAAGACAAGAAAUCCCUGGUGGUAUUAGCAGCAAGAGCAGGACAUUCUGAAGAGGUGUACGGAGAGAUCCCAAGGGAUCUUUGUAAAGGUUCGUGCACGGUUUGUUCUGGGUAGGUGCCAGCGUACACCCAGCCUCUCCAUCUCCUCUGCAAGCAACACCCAUGCCCCUCUCAUCUCUGCUGUAGGGGGAUCUGUCACUCUGCCUUAUCACAGGGAUUUUUUUAGCCAUUUCAACACAGCCAUCAGGUCAUCAGCUGAUGGCUAAAGUCCUCCCAGUGAGAUGAACAGCAGCUCUUUUUGCAGGCCCUGUGUGAAGCAGGGCUUUAUAUUCUUUGUGCUGGGAGCUUUGUGCUCACAGGUCUGCUGCUCUUGCCUUCCACUUCUCCCACAGCAGCACUGAGAUCAUCUGUUGUUCAAAUGAGAAAUUAAAGCAAAGUCAUGUUAAUUUCAGCUGGCUUCUAAACAUAGAGUGAAAAUGUGUUGUUUGCUGAAAGGAAAAGGAUAUAGUUGCUGUGAGGGUUUUGGAAACAAUGGAAGGAACAAAGCUCUAGCAAUGAGGUGCCCUGGGCUGCAUCCCCUGGUGUGUUGGCAUCGCUGAGCACAUGUGGGGCAGCACCUGGCCAGGGCCCAAGCCCUAAUUCUCCGGGAUGGACCACUUUGCACCAUGACUUUUCCUGUCGCCCUGGCUCAGAGGAGGCACUCUCUGCCCCAUAGGCUCUUCUCCAGUUUCUGUUGCAGAGCUGCCUGCACAAUGCAGCUGUCUCUGGAGGACUGAAAAACAUUUAUUUGCUGAGGAACCAUCUCAUCACUUGGGCCCUUUGUUUCUAAAAGAUACAGCAUGAAUUCAGGCUCUGGGGAACCUCCACAGCCCCUCUCAACAGAUUUCUGUGCUGCUGCCUCACUGCUUUCCACCUACUUCUUUCCAUCCUGUUCAUAAUCCAAGAGCUCAGCCACAGAGCCGUUACAUCACCACCAGAGGAGUCUGGGUGCAGAGGCUGUCUGAACAGCUUGUCAUCUUCUUUUCUCCCACACACCAGUGGUUGGCAGAGCUCCUUCCACAGGGCAUCUCAGCACUGGGGAGUUUCUGCAUGCAGGCCACGCCUCUGCAUAGAGGCAAGAGUCUGGACUUUUAAAAUUGUGUUUUCUAUCAGAUGUACCAUUUCCCAAAACUGUAUUUCUCUUACAGAAGGUAUUACGUGUUUCCUGACAUGAGUUGUUAUGGAUGACUUUCCCAAAUCUUAAUUAUAGUUGUCUGCACAAGUGUAAUGGGGGAGAUUUAUUUAGCUCAUGGGAAAAGCAUGGCUGUCAUUCAGAUUUCCUAAGUCUGCAGAGCACCCAAUGUUCCCCUCCCAUCCCAUGUCAGCAGGAGGACAUGGUUGCGAUUUCCAUGGCAAUUAGAGGCACAAAACUGGACCAGCUGGAGCCAAGCUGGCUCAGGACAUGGAAUUUGAAACUGCGUGUGACAACUGAUUCCCUGACUUCUACUGGCGUCCCCUGAAGUUGCCAGGAAUUUAAGCAUCUUUAAGUAAUUGUUAUGACUCAGUAAGAAUGCUUCUGGCAGGAGAUGCGGGAGAGCGAGGCCAGGGAAGCAGGACAGCCAGCGGCGUGCGGGCCCGGCCAAAUUCUCCUGCCUUCGUCUUGCACUGUUUUUUUCAUUGGUGGUUCCCUUGGCAGAAGGAAGGCUGUGCCCUGUGCUGGGCAUUCACACAGGUGGAAGGUGACAGACUGCAGAGCUAAAUUCAGGCUGCUCUCUUGGUGAUGUGCAGCCACAGAACUCCCAUUCUCUUGUUUCCAGUGCUUCAUAAACAGUUCUCUGCCUGGAAACACCGCAUGGGCUGAGAGGAGGCUCGAGAAAUGUCUGUGAAUUAACAACUGAAAAGCAGAAUUCCUAAGUAUCUGCAGACGAGGGUUAAAAAUGUACUAGCAAAGCUGGGCACUGGCAGGGUUCUGCAGCAGAUAUGGGAUGGAGGCAUCCACGCACCCUGGCGCUCAGCACUCCCAGCCCGCCAGGACAGCUGCACUGGGGCUUUAGGUUCGGUGCAAAUUGCUCAUGAGCAUCAUUGUGGAGAAGUGUUACUUCAUUAGAGCCAUUGUUAAAGAUCCCCUGCUUCAUGCUGGGGAAAGCGCUGAAGUGACAUCUGAUUCUAAACAUUCAAAUCAUUCAGCCCCAUAGGAAUUUAUUAUCUCUAUUUUACACCAUCUUGAGGUGUGUGGGGGGGAAGAAUCAGGUCCUAUUGUAUCGGUGCCAACAGCCUUUCAUGAACAAUGCAGCUUAACACGAGCACGUGCUGGCUCCUCUUCAGACACUCCGGUGAUGAAGAACAACUGCAGUGUGGGAUACUGAAGAGCUGUUGAGACAACUGUACUUUUGAUCUCUUAAAACAAUACUGAAAUGAGAGUGUACAAACCCAAUACCCUUCCCCACGCUCUUGCAUUACUUCUGGCAUCUUUUUACAGUCUUCAGACAAGCGUGCACACAAAAAGAAGCGGGUUUGUUCAGGUUUGAGAUGAGGCAGCGGUGUUGUCUAUCCUUCCACAGCAACAAGAAAGUAUUUCACCUUCUAAAACCCAGGUUCGAUGUUUGUGCUUGCUCAGUUCACAAUGCACGCUGCUUUGUUUUGUUUGGGCCUUUUACUGGAACUCACAGCUGAAGCUAUUUAUCAUCUUCUCCUUUUAAAAUGACCGUUCUGGGUCUACACUACAAAGUAUCAGUGUUGAGAGGACCCUUAUCCUUCACGAAAACAAAGCAUCUUAUCCCCUACCUGCAAAUGCACACGUGUCUCUGAAGAAAAACCAGUGUAUUAAGUACCACUUCAUUUAUAUCGCAGUAUUUUAGCCUGGUACCUGUUGUUGCUGCAGCAGCAUUGGAUGUUUCCGUGGGCUGCCCUCUGAGCAAGUAGCUUACAGCAUGGGUUGUGUGUGAGUACAGCAGUGUGGUUUGUGUGUGUUGUGGGUGAGCGUUUGGGUGUUGCAUGUGUGAGUUUCUCCUACUGGUGAGUGUAUGUGAGUUCUCAUAGCUCCUGUUGAGUCCUGUGUCUGGAAGCUGAUGGUUAUAUUAUCAAACCAGUUAGAACACUGCUUUCUUUCCUCUCCUCCUAUCGUACUUGUUAUCCUUUGUCAUUAAGAGUUUUGUUGUAAUACCUAAAUGUGAACAUGAAUAAAGUCGUAACUGGCGCUGCGCUCUGCUUUGUGGAGGCCGCUGCCCACGGGUGCUGCUGGGCCUGGCUCCAGCCAGCCAGCCCCACGCAAUUAACUUUA